AUGGAUUCUGGCAUGGAGGAUCUUGAACUGAGAGAAGCUCAGAGAGAGUAUCUGGACUUUCUGGAUGAUGAUCAAGACCAGGGUAUCUAUCAUGAAAAGGUGAGAAGUAUGAUAUCUGAGGGCCAGUGUCGACUUAUCAUAAACAUCAAUGAUCUGCGGCGGAAAAGUGAAAAAAGAGCCAAAGAAUUACUGAAGAAUGCAUUUGUUGAGCUGGUGGCGUUUCAGAGAGCCCUGAAGGAUCUUGUGGCUUCAAUAGAUGCCACUUAUGCAAAACAGUUUGAGGAGUUCCAUGUUGGCUUUGAGGGCAGUUUUGGGAACAAACAUGUCUCUCCGCGAACUCUAAGUGCACGUUUUUUGGGUAACCUUGUGUGCGUGGAGGGCAUUGUGACCAAAUGUUCAUUGGUCAGGCCCAAGAUCAUGCGCAGUGUCCACUACUGUCCAGCCACAAAGAAAACCUUGGAGCGAAAAUACACAGAUCUUACCUCAUUGGACGCUUUCCCUUCCAGCGCCAUCUAUCCAACAAAAGAUGAAGAAAACAAUCCCCUGGAGACAGAGUUUGGGCUGUGUUGCUAUAAGGACCACCAGACACUCACCCUUCAGGAGAUGCCAGAGAAAGCCCCCGCUGGACAGCUGCCACGUUCAGUCGACAUCAUUGCAAAUGAUGACCUUGUCGACAAGGUGAAACCAGGUGACCGUGUGCAGAUUUUAGGUGUCUACCGAUGCUUACCUGCUAAACAGGGUGGCUUCACUACAGGAACCUUCAGAACCAUCCUGUUGGCUAACCACGUGAAACUUAUGAGUAAGGAGAUCGUGCCAACAUUCUCUGCAGACGAUGUUGCCAAGAUAAAGAAGUUUUGCAAAACUCAUUCUAAUGAUGUCUUUGAGCAACUGAGUAAUUCUUUGGCUCCCAGCAUCCAUGGCCAUGAGUACAUAAAGAAGGCCAUUCUGUGUCUACUUUUGGGCGGCAAUGAAACCAAUCUGGAGAAUGGCACACGCAUCAGAGGGGAUAUUAAUAUUUUGCUUAUAGGUGAUCCUUCAGUGGCAAAAUCUCAGUUAUUGCGGUAUGUUUUGUUUACGGCACCAAGAGCGAUUCCCACAACAGGACGAGGCUCCUCUGGAGUGGGUCUGACUGCUGCCGUCACCACUGAUCAGGAGACAGGUGAGCGUCGUUUGGAGGCAGGAGCCAUGGUGCUCGCUGACAGAGGAGUGGUGUGCAUUGAUGAAUUUGAUAAGAUGUCUGACAUGGACCGAACAGCCAUCCAUGAGGUGAUGGAGCAGGGUAGGGUCACCAUUUCAAAGGCGGGGAUACAGGCAAGGCUUAAUGCUCGCUGCAGCGUGUUAGCUGCUGCUAACCCAGUGUAUGGAAGGUAUGACCAGUAUAAAACCCCAAUGGAGAAUAUUGGGCUCCAGGAUUCCCUGCUCUCCCGAUUUGACCUGCUCUUUAUUGUUCUGGAUCAGAUGGAUCCAGAUAGCGAUAAGGAAAUCUCAGAGCAUGUGCUACGUAUGCACCGUUACCGAGCACCCGGGGAGCAAGAAGGAACAGCAAUGUCACUGGGCAGUACAGUGGAUGUGUUUGCCACCGAGGAUCCAAACAUCACAGAGGCAGCUGAACAGGAGCUACAGAUCUAUGAGAAAAAAGACAAUCUCCUGCAUGGCCACAGGAGGAAAAAGGAGAAGAUUGUAACCAUGGAGUUUAUCAGGAAAUACAUUCAUGUUGCUAAACUGGUGAAGCCUGUUCUGACCCAAGAGGCAUCAGACUACAUAGCAGAGGAGUAUUCCAGACUCCGGAGUCAUGACCAAGUCAACAGUGAUUCAGCCAGGACGAUACCUGUGACCGCUCGAGCACUGGAGACCAUGAUCCGAUUGGCUUCAGCCCACGCCAAGGCACGCAUGAGUAAAACCACUGACCUGGGAGAUGCAGAGGCUGCGCUGGAACUAAUGCAGUUCGCAUAUUUUAAAAAGAUUCUGGAGAAAGAGAAAAAGAGAAAAGUUCCCGAAGAUUCUGAGAUUGAUGUUUCCCAAAGCCAGGAAACAGAAAGUCAAAGAAAUCUACGGAAGCGCUCUCGCAUCUCUAAAGAUGAUGAUGUGGAAAUGACAAAGGACGCAGGGGACUCUGAUCCUUAUGAUUUCACAGAUGAUGAAAACACUCAAUCCACUCAGAAGAGCAAGCCAGCAUCUCAGGGGAGCAUUCAGAUGAAGAAAGGUGACAUCAGCUCUGACAGAAUGAAAGUGUUUAAGACUGCUCUGCUGAAAGCCUUUAAAGUGACCAGGUCUCAGUCUGUGGCCGUGCCUGAGCUUCUGACUCACAUUAAUAAAGGCCAGGAAGAGGAGUUUGACCAGAAUGAGGUUAAUCUACUGUUGGAACGCAUGCAGGAUGACAACCAGGUCAUGGUAUCAGAGAAUGUAGUUUUCCUCAUCUGA